AUAUAUGAACGUUACGCAUUGAUAUUCGUACCGUUCUACUGAGACAACGUUGGAGGAGCACGGGGUUUUUAAUUUCUUGUUGCAUCCACGGCUAGCUAUAUAAGGGUUUGAUUUGUGUGCUCGAGCAGUGAUGUCGGAGUUCCUGGUUAGUCUGCUUGGCGAGCGGCUUGUGAACAGUGAAAAAGCCGAGAUUGAUGUCCAGGCGCUGGGCAGCAAGCUGUCUGUUAUCGGACUCUACUUCGGUUGCAGUCUCAAUGGUCCUUGCAAACAGUUCAACGCCAGCCUGUGUGAGUUUUACAACAAGUUCAAAAAUUCAUCAGAACACAAAGACAAAUUGGAAAUCGUUUUUGUCUCAUCCGAUCAGGACCAGAAACAUUGGCAGGACUUCUUACAUGAGAUGCAAUGGCCGGCGUUGCCUUUUAAAGAGAGACACAAAAAGAUGAGGUUGUGGAACAGAUACAAGGUGACCAGCAUCCCUUCUCUGGUGUUUGUGGACGCAGUCACGGGGAGGGCAGUGUGUCGGAACGGUCUGCUGGUGGUGCGCGACGACCCCAAAGGCUUGGAGUUCCCCUGGGGGCCCAAGCCUUUCGCGGAGGUGGUGGCCGGACCCCUCCUCCAGAGCAGUGGGCAAAGUGCAGACAGCAGCUCCCUGGAAGGGUCUUACGUUGGGGUGUACUUCUCCGCCCACUGGUGUCCCCCCUGUCGCAGUCUAACGCGGGUGCUGGCGGAGUCGUAUCGGACGGUGAAGGACUCGGGGCAGAAGUUUGAAAUCGUCUUUGUCAGUGCGGACAGGUCAGAAGACUCCUUUACGCAGUAUUUCAGUGAGAUGCCUUGGGUCGCCAUCCCGUACGCAGACGAGGGUCGACGAUCACGACUCAACCGGCUGUAUGGAAUUCAAGGGAUCCCCACCCUGAUCCUGCUGGACCUGGAGGGCCGCGUGAUCACCCGUCAGGGUCGGGUGGAGGUGCUGAAUGACCUCGAGUGCCGCUUCUUCCCCUGGCUGCCCCGCCCCGUUCUGGAGCUCAGCGAGGCCAAUGCCGUGCACCUCAACGAGGGGCCCUGCUUGGUGCUGUUCGUGGAUGCAGAAGAGAAGGAGGAGCUACAGCUGGCCAGAGAGCUGAUCCAGCCAAUCGCUGAGAAGAUCAUGGCUAAAUACAAAACGAAGGAGGAGGAGACACCACUACUGUUUUUUGUGGCUGGAGAGGACGACGUGAGCGACUCGCUGCGCGAUUACACCAACCUGCCAGAGGCGGCGCCACUGCUCACCGUCCUGGACAUGUCGGCCCGGGCCAAGUACGUGCGCGACGUGGAGGAGAUCACGCCCGCCGUCGUGGAGCAGUUUGUGGCUGACUUCCUCGCAGAGAUGCUCAAGCCUGAACCAAUCUGAGGAGUGAGAGGGAGAAUGCAAGAGAGAGAGAGAGCGGGGGGAUGGGGUACCCCUCACCUCUCAUCCCCUCUUCUGUACCCACUCUGUCCUGACUGAUGAAGUGGGCCACUUUUACACCCAUCCUCUCCCUGCAAGUGCCUCUGUAGUGACGUAGACACCCACGAGCCCAUGAAGUUCUUCUUUUCCACAUGAAAACCACACAGCUUGGCAAAGAUCAAUUUUAAAUAUUAAAUUAAAUAUUUCAUUUGAUGGCCAGACUCUUUUCAAAUUCAUGUUCUGACCUGCCAACAAGUCAAUUUAAGUCACUAAAGAAAGUUCUAAGUCAAGGUCUGUAUUUAAAAUUGUUAAAGAGUUUGUUACUGAGACAAAAUGACAAGACUUAUAGUUUCCUAUUUAAAAUAACCACAUUCAUAGUUGUCUGACAUUCUUAGAACAUUAUCGUAUUACAAUUGAAAUGGUAAAUGGUUGGAAUUUAUAUAGCGCCUUUAUCCAAAGCGCUGUACAAUUGAUGCUUCUCAUUCACCCAUUCAUACACACACUCACACACCAACGGCGAUUGGCAGCCAUGCAAGGCACCAACUAGCUCAUCAGGAGCAUUGGGGGGUUUGGUGUCUUGCUCAGGGACACUUCAACACAGCCCGGGCGGGGCAUCGAACCGGCAACCCUCCAACUGCCAGACAACAGCUCUUACUGCCUGAGCCAUGAGCCAAUUGACAAUUUGUUGUAAUGCAGAGUGUUCUUGUUCUCUACAAUUCUAUAUUUAAAUGUGUCAAAUAAUGUAAAUGUGUUAUGCCAGAACUGCCACUCAACCCUGAGUGUUAAAAGGAUUUUCUGUGAAGGUCCCAAUGGAAAAUAUUGUAUGUUUCUGACAGCACAAAAAUAAUUUUUACAAUCCAAUUAUUUUCAAGUGUUGGAAAAGUGUUUGUUCACAGUUCCUGUUUUUUUCCUAUCUCUCUGCGGGUUAAAUAUUUCUGUCUCUGAACUGCCAACCACAUUUAUUCCAUUUCUGAGAUUAUCGGCCCCCUCUCACAAUUCCCCUCUCCCCCCUAAUUUACACCGAUCAGCC